CCCCCGCCCCCGUUGCUCCCCUUUCUCCCCGGGCAGCUUCGGGAUGCCCUGUCCCCCCGCAGCGGGGCGGUCUGUCCCGCCUGCCCGCCCGCCUGCCCGCAGGCAGCGGGGCCUGCCCGCCCCCUCCUCGCCCUCCGGGGCCGCCUCCUGCCCCCGCGCCCCACGGCUUUCCGUUGCCCCCCCGGUCCCGUCACCCUGCUCCGCCUCUCUUCCCUCCUGUCCCGUCCCCGGGCCAACCCCCCCCGCAGGGAUCCCCACGCUGCAGGAAUUGCCCACGUCCAGGCGCUUUCUGUGCUGAGCCCCUUGCCCUGCCAGUUUCUGGAUGCUAAGCACCUCCUGCUCAUGCAGCUGAUGAAUGCGUGAAGAAGCUGACCAGGAGAGGGACUCUUAAGCAGCUGCUAAGAUGGGCAUGAGGAUCAAAUUGCACAGCACCAAUCACCCCAACAACCUGCUGAAGGAGCUCAACAAGUGCAGGCUCUCCGAGACCAUGUGCGAUGUCACCAUUUUGGUGGGCACCCGCUCCUUUGCCGCACAUAAGGCUGUUCUGGCCUGCGCUGCAGGCUACUUCCAGAAUCUUUUUCUGAACACGGGGCUGGAUGCUGCUAGGACCUACGUAGUGGAUUUCAUCACGCCAGCCAACUUCGAGAAGAUCCUCAGCUUUGUGUACACCUCGGAGCUCUUCACGGACCUGAUCAAUGUGGGCGUCAUUUACGAGGUGGCGGAGCGGCUGGGCAUGGAAGAUCUGCUGAAGGCCUGCCAUUCAACCUUCCCUGACUUGGAGAGCUCAGCCAUCACGAAGCAACCCUCCCUGGCCAUGAGCAAAGGCCGGUCAGGUCCUCUGAGCAGCACCUCCUCAGAGCAGAGCCAUUCCUUGGGUGAAAUCCGGAGCGGCGGGGAACACUUUGGCCCUGAACGGAGUUACAUCUUGCACGGAGAAGUGGCAGGCAGCUACAAAGAGGAUGACAGGAAUACCGUGAGUGAAACCAGCCAAACUCUUCCCCUGAUGCAUCCGCAGCAGCCUCCCAAGACAGAACAGGAGUCAGAUCAAGGGCAGUUUGCUCCUGCCGCGAGCAUGGUGACCCAGCCCAGCCUGGGCAGCAUGAACAUUAUUGUUCAAACCACUACAAGCUCCUGCCAGCAGUAUAAGGUCCAGAGCAAUGGUGACUAUGGCAAGAGUGGGUUCUUCACUGCUGAUCCUUCCCUGGACAUCUCCGUGGGGAGUAACUCCUGUCCCAGCAACAGCGACCACUCUAAAGAGCAAGGUUUUGGGCAGAUGGAUGAGCUUCAGCUGGAGGAUUUGGGCGAUGACGAACUGCAUUUUGAAGAUGCCAGUGAAGAGCUGGGCCCGUCGGAAGAAGUUAUUGAGCUGAGCGAUGACAGUGAAGAAGAGCUGGCCUUUGAGAACGACAGCCGGGAUAGCAAGGCCAUGCCCUGCCAGGUGUGCAAGAAGGUUCUGGAGCCCAACAUACAGCUGAUCCGCCAGCACGCGAGAGAUCAUGUUGAUCUACUCACUGGGAACUGCAAGGUCUGUGAAACCCACUUCCAGGACCGUAACUCCAGGGUCACUCAUGUUUUGUCCCACAUCGGCAUCUUUCUCUUCUCCUGCGACAUGUGCGAGACCAAGUUCUUCACCCAGUGGCAGCUGACCCUCCACCGACGAGAAGGGGUCUUCGACAACAACGUCAUCGUCCACCCCAGCGACCCGCUACCGGGGAAGAUCACCAUGUUUGGGGGAGGCCCUAGCUCAGAGCUGGCAUGUGCUGCCUGCGGGAAGCCUUUGGCCAAAGAUUUCCACACUGUCCGCAACCACAUCCUGGAGCACGUGAACUUGAAAAGCCAGACGUGCGGUGUGUGUGACCAGAGGCACCUCAGUCUCUGCAGCCUGAUGUGGCACACCCUGUCUCACCUGGGGAUCUCAGUCUUCUCCUGCUCUGUUUGUGCCAACAGCUUCGUGGAUCGGCACCUCCUGGAGAAGCACUUGGCCGUUCACCAGAACAUGGAGGAGGCUCUUUUCCGGUGCCACUUCUGCGGCCAGAGCUUCAAGCUGGAAGCAGCGUAUCGUUACCACGUCAGCCAGCACAAGUGCGGGGGCAGCCUAGACAUCCGACCCAGCUUUGGAGACCGUCUCCAGCAGCAGGGCCUGCAGAAGAGGAAGCUGCCGGAGGAGUUCCUGAGCGAAGACUUGGCACUGCAAAACCAGCCAGGCAACAGCAAGUACAGCUGCAAGGUCUGCGGGAAGAGGUUUGCCCACACCAGUGAAUUCAACUACCACCGGAGGAUCCACACCGGAGAAAAGCCCUACCAGUGCAAGGUGUGCCACAAGUUCUUCCGCGGCCGCUCCACCAUCAAGUGCCACCUGCGGACACACUCGGGAGCCCUCAUGUACCGCUGUACUGUGUGCGGGCAUUACAGCUCCACGCUCAACCUCAUGAGCAAGCACAUAGGUGUGCACAAAGGCAGCCUCCCCCCGGACUUCACCAUCGAACAGACUUUCAUGUAUAUCAUCCAUUCCAAAGAUGCGGAGAAAAACACGGACAGCUGAUGGGGUGAGGCAGGGCAGGGCCAGCAAAGGAGCAAAUACUAAUUACAGAAGCUGUGGAAAAAAUGUCAUUUAUUUUAUUUAAAGGUCAGGCAUCAUGGAUGGAAUCCUCCUUUCCUAUUUUUUUUUUUUCUGUUGGCCUUGGUAGGGCCUUUUAGAUUGGUGGCAUUGUACAAAUUAACAGCACGUAAGCUACAUCACUGUUUCCAAGAAGUCUGUCGUGUUUACUUACCUCUGGUCCUGUUAGAGGCCAUCGAGUUCUGUGUUUUUAGCAUUUCUCACUAAGUUUUGAAUCUAGAUUUUUUUUUUUUAACCUUUUAGCCCACUUGACUAGGCUAACCCUCAGUCUGAGAUUGUCCACAAACUGAUGCUGCUAAGAUUUUUCACACCUGACCUCAGUAGAGAGGGACAGAGCCAGAGCAGGGUGGUGCUGGACUCAAAGAAAAGGAAAACAAAAAAGAAAAAAAUGGAAAAAAAGACUCGUUCUGGGCAUCACUCGGGUUCUGCUGCUAUUGCAAGGAGAUGAGCAAAGUCCGUAUCACAGAAUCAGCUUUGAAGUUGUUGCUCCGUUGCAGGGGAGGUGAGCAGGCAGCAUGUGAGCGACACGCUGACAUGCAAAUGAGCAGGGAUACCUGGCGGUAAAUGAGCAGGAGGGUGAUUGUCGCUCACAAGGGCAGUUCCCGGGCGGUGCCGCUGCGCUCCGGGAGCCCUGCCCGAGCAGGCAGCGUGGCGGGCGGCUUCUCUGCCAUUCCCGUGACACGCUGCUCGCUCAUGCCCCGAGACCCUGUCUCCAAAGGAGGAGAUGGAGGCUUGACACCACCUCUCUGAAGAGCCGGAGCAGCAGGGCGGCUGCGUGGAAGGAAAGAGACGGAUGCAUGAGCAGAGGGAGCUCUCAGGAGAGUUGCUGGACUGGAGAGGGCAGGGGAAGCAGGUUCAUGUCAUGGGCUGGCUGCUCCUUGGGAGAUAUUUUGUGACGGCAUGGUCACGCCUAACUUCUGCUGGCCUGCAGCUGACCAUUGGGAGCAUGCUGACGUCUUCGCGGCUCUCUUCUGCCAACGGCAGCUGUGCACGUCGUGCUCUGCCGGCACUGUGUGUCCCAAGGGCUGCCAGUUGCUGGAAGCGCUGGAUGCCAGAGAGUGGCGUCACUGCAGCUGCGUGGAUCCCGUCAGAUGAGACGUGAUGAAGCUGUUGCCUUAACGCCCAAGAAGGUACCUCUGAGCUCUCUCUGCUGAAGGGAUAGCCCCCUCCCGUGGCUGCCGCCCUGGAUCACCGUGUCCCGGACACGUCUCGUGGCAAACGUGUGUUGCAGGAUGUCGCUGGUGCGAUGUGAGUUCGUUCAUCGUCUGUCGAAUCGUGCUGUAACUUCAGCAGGCACCGGCUGGGGGCUGCAGCAGAGCAGCUGCGGGAGCCGGCAGCGAUAGCAGCUGGUGAGAACCUCGGCUCAGCCUCUCCUGGACGCGCGUCAGGCGUGGGCUGGGGACUCCUCGGCACGGUGGGCUCUCCCGGCUGUGCUGGCGAGGUCAGCUCUGCCGGCAGUGUUUACACCAGGAAGGGUGGGGAUCGGCUUUUUGCUAUGUUACCCUGCUGUGGGGCAGAGAUGGAGAGGAACAAAUAUUUCCGAUGCCGCAGCAUGAGUUAUGGCUGCCCUUAGGUAACUCAUUCUACCUCACAAACAGGAAGCGCUCAGGGCUUUCAAGCCACAGUCGUAGUAAAUUGGCUCCUGCGCUUCUGUAAAGAUAUGCUGUUACAAAACAAAACUAGUGAUUUGCAAACCCUGUAAACUCAUCCCGCUUUCCCCUCCUUUUGAAGGGACAACCCGUGGCAGAGGAGCGGCAUGGGCUGGACACGUGGUUGGUGAGCUAGGAAUUCCUGGGGGUUGCUCCCCCCGCUCCGCUGUGGCCUUGGGCAAGUCACUUCACCUCUUUGCCUCAGUUUCCUCAUCUGUAAAAUGAGGGCGGUAACACUUGUGGUACCUACCUACCUCCCGUGAGCGCAGUGAAGAUUGCUGGCUCGUACCUGCCAAGUGUGUGGGAGAUGCAGAGCGCUUAGUGAAUAUUGACAUUUAGCAUCCUAGGGAAAUGACAGCCUCCGUCCUUUCCUGUUCUGUACCAAUUCCUGGACCUGGCUGGGUUGGUUUACUCCUGCUACAGCCUUCCCCAUCGAAAGCAAACUUCUCUUUAGCCCCGUCCACAUCACAGUCCUGUGAAACAAGCUCUGCAGCAAUACAAGAAGUGGGGGGCGGCUCUGCCGCUGCGCCUGCGGAGGGGCUGGGGGAAGCAGCAGUGUGGGUGCUGAGGGGCAGCAGCGCUGCAGUGUCCCCUGCGGUUUGCAGAGCACGACUCCCCAUCGGCUGGGCACGUUGCUGUUGGGAGCGGGAGGAGUUUGCAUCCCAGGGAGAGGGGGUUUGGAGGGUGCGGAGAUGUGCAGCUGCUUGAAAGCCCCUGCCCGUCAGCUCCAUCCGUCUGGUUUGCCUGGAAAGCGGCGUUUCCACCACGGCAGCUCCGGGUCCAGCUCCACUGUGACAGGGGAAGAGGCAAGAGUCAGUGUCGAGCUGUGUCCCCGCCGGCAGUGCUGAGCCCUGGCCGGACCUAGUGACUCUUCCCAGGCAGCUCCUUCAUCCUGAGCAUGGGUCAUCCUCAGUCACCCCGGGGACCUGCAGUCCCCGAGUCCGAUCCCACUGCACAGAGGUGGGGUGGGAGGAACGGACCUUGCUGAGGUGGAAUGGGAGGACAAGGCUGAGGAUGAGGCUGUUGGGAGUUUGUGUCCUUUCCCCAAUUCCUCUAAUAUUGGCUGGGUUUGGGACCAGCUGGCAUUGCCCUGGGAGGUGUUAAACUGGAUUGGUCCUGAUUUUGGUGCCUGGAGCCUGUCUUCAGAGGAGGAGAGGCACCAAAGCGAUCACCAACCCUGGGGCUGUCCAGGCUGUGCCGCGUGUGCUGCUGGAGCUCUGGUUUCCAAACUCCGGUCUCAUGGUGCCGGUCGGUUGCCAGGCCAUAGUCUGUGAUCUCUAGCUGGUCUGCAGAGCCAUGUUUAGCCUAGUGUUGUUAAGUUUAAAAGAAAAAAAAUAUUUUGAGAACACAUGGCGCUCUAGGAAAGCAUGGGAGUUGAAGGCAGUUUGCUGGAGGCUCCUCUGAGGACCUCUUUGAGUUACAGGGUUUCUUUGUUGUCCUGGUGGUGGCAAGGCGGGCUGGUAGACAGGAAUGGAUGUGACCUGCUCUGCUCUGGCGAUUGCUAUGAAGGAUGUGAGGGAGGCAGACAAGGCUUAGGAGAGCUGAGUCCUUAAAGCCUCAAGACCCUCCUAAAAUGUCCCAGAAGCUGUGAUGAGCUUUUGGAUGGGUUGGGGUGCUGCCACACAGUAGCAUCUGCAGCCCCAUAUCUAGUUAAGCUGUGAAGCAAAAGCCUUUUGUGCACAUAAACCAAAAAGAGAAGCUUUUACACUGAAACGUUAAUGGGCAAAGCAAGCCCACCCUUCUAAGCACAGGGACAGGAAAGCAAAAGCCCACCUCGUUUUCUGCUGGUUGUUUUUGGUUGUGGGGAUGGGGUGGGGCGACUGGGUCUUUGGCGUUUCUGUGUCUUGGAUUCUUUCCUGUGUUAUAAUUAAUUACUGCCACAUGAAAUAUCCUGAGACCAGCAGCGGGUCCCGUCUGCAGAGGGGCUGCAGGGACAGAUCUGGACCUGCAGCGCUCCUGCGCUGGGCUGGCCUCGCGCUGCAGCUCCUCCUCGGAGGGGUUGUCCCAAGAGGGGUCAGAGACCUGCGCUCUCCCUCCCCUGGCAGGGUCCUGGGCCUCUCCAAGCCUGCGGCCAGCGUCAGAGCUAUGUCGUCCCUGUCCCCUCGGCAGUGGGGCUGUCCCCGAGUCCGGCCAGCCUGGCCGGGAGUCCCAGCGUUCCUCCAGGAAGCUGUGUGGAUGGAGCAGUGGGGCUCAUCCGAGCCCCCCACAGGCUUCGUUGCCCCGAGGAGCCGUAGCUCCAACCUGGCUGCGUUGCGGCGGAGGCACCCGGUGAUGGCAGGGGCUCCCGGCCAGCGGCGCGGGGCUCUGUGUGUGUGCCGGGGGCGCAGCCGCGCACGGCUCUGCGCUGGUGGCCAGGCGCUGUUCCCAGUGGUGGGGAGCUGGGGUGGGGACCCCGCGCCUGCGUCCGUUCCUCGCUCCGCCGCUGACUCGUGGCGUGGCCUUUGGCAAGCCGGCUCGCCUCCUGGCCUCGCUUCCCCCCACUGUGAACUGGGGGGGGGACACACACAACACUUACCUACCUCGCCUGGGGCGGCUGUGAGGUUUAACUCGCGUUUGCAAAGUGCUCUGGGAUCCUCGGGGUGCAGGAAGGGAAUGCGGAGGGGAAGUGCUUCGCCAUGAGCUGUGCUGGCGGUGUUCGCCGAGAGCGGCCGGGUCGUGAGUCCUCGUGGGAAACCCUGACACAAAAUCCCUCUCCAAAAGGCAGUGCUUCGAGACUGGUCUUACUCUGUCUAAUCAACCGCAAAGUUCAGUUUUAUUCUCCCCUUUCUCAAAAGAUCCAGGUCUCUUAACAGAAUAAUUAAGCAGAAGAAAAAGAGUUGAAUUGCUGUCUAACCUUUUUGUUAAGUUAAUAGUAGGUACUGACCUCCUGAUAUUUAAGUGUUUACUAUCUCUUUGCUGUAAAGUUUUGUAUAUUUUGUAAACUUUCCCCCCAAACAGUAGAUGUCUAAAAUUGUUGUACAUCGGGUUCUUUUAUACUCCAUUGUUCAGCACAAAGUGUGGUUUUUAUUUAGAAUAAUAAAAUGCAAAAUGUU